CAAUCAAUAAACCCGCAGAAGUCACGGAAGCGAACGGAAGAGUUCAAGGUUCUCCACUUGUUUCCAACCGUCUGGAAUCUCGAGCUCUCGGGAGAAAGUGUGUGAUGUUUGUUUCGUUGUCGUCGCCCGUCAUCAACACGAGCAGCGUGUAGUGCGGUUUUCGUCUACUAACCUUGUCCCGGUUUCCCGAUGGGACUGAUCAAAAACAAAUAAAACCGUCAGGAAGAAACGUGAAGAGAGAUACAACAAACAGGAAAGUGUCGGAAGAAUUCUCAAGGAGUUGUUUGUGUUUAGAUCAUCUCUUGGAUAAGGGUGUGUCAGUGUGUGAGGCGUAAAGAAUAGGGAGAAAGAGGCAAAGUGUGUGCGCGCGAAGAGAAGGCAUUCAUCACAUCACACCGCCUGGAAGUGACACGAUGGUGACGGGGAACGUCAAGUGGCUUCGGCCGGGGGCAGUGCCGAUAUUUGCGCUCGCCGUGAGUUGCCUGCUGAUGACGGAGCUGGUGCCGCUGCACGGAGUAAAUGGGUUAAGUUCAACAGGUGAAAGAGAGAGCCGGAAGCUGUUCGGUGGCUACCGGAUAACACCGAAAUUUUGCAAUGCCACGCGGUCACUGCUGAAACGAGACUCCGAGCGACGAGGUCCUACGAUCUGCAUGUUCAACCAUGAGUGCUUUCAACGGCAGGGAGAAGUGGUGGGAGCCUGUAUGGAUGGGUUUCUGUUUGGAACCUGCUGUGAACUGCCGUUGACGAACGAGGCUUCCAUGGUGACUGAUUCGCUUUUGGAACAGUUCAAUUAUACGGAUGAUAUGGAAACCACUUCCCAGUCGCCGCUCAGCUCAGCCAUUGCCAGUCAGUACGAGAAGUUUGGAAGUCAACUCUCCGGAUCCGGAACUGGAUAUGGACCUGUGAUCAAUUACGAACCGGUAAAGCUUGAGAAUCCGGUGAAGGAGAGCAGUGACUCGACUGGGAGCGGGAGUGCUCCGUCCAGUGAGAAGCCUUUGUUCAACAAGCUUGAUAACAACUAUAUUACAAAUGAUGAUCUGGACGAAGACAUUGUACAGAGUAGCUUGAACUCUCAUAUGUAUCAGCUGGCGGAAAAUGCUGUUUCCGUAUACUCGCCAUCCACUCCGAAUAUCAAAUCCGAGGAAAUCGAUAUCGGUACCACUGUUCCACCACCACCAGUUCCAAGCGAAGUCAGCUACGUCAAGAUCGACAACCACAAUAACGUCUACAGCUCGGAGAUCCCCUCUUCGCUCAACAAGUACAACGAACACCUCUCCGAUGGGAAUGGAGCCUCUGGGCCGUCCAUUGAAUCCAGCACAGACAUCACUUCGAGUGGAGUUCAAAUCAUUGCCAAUCAGAUCUAUCAGGAGAACCAACUCUUCGAUCACAGUGAUAUCACGCAUCCAGAAGCCGAAACCGACCUUUUCAACGAGAACGGAGCAGUUGACCAAAGCUAUGCCGGUCCCAACGAUUUCGCCAACCAGGAAAUCGUGACGGAGGUGCUGACCACAGAAAAACCAGUGAAAAUUACCCACCCAAAGCCUCAGUUCAAACCUAAACCUAAGCCAACUCAAGCAACCGAAUCGAACAAUUACGUACUUGUACAUACUAUCUCUAGUAAUACCAAAGACACCGAGAACCAAACCACGAAACCAACUGUCUCCGUCAACAACAUUCACUCGAUUGAGUCAAUCAUACUGAUGUUGAACGAAACGAAUCUUGGACCACAGUACGAGACGGACUCGGACACUAAGCAGGGCAACGUGACCGAGACUUCCCAGACUCCACCACCCGAGACUACCUCACAAGCAUCCUAUGCGACGUCCUCCAUUGAUUACGAAAAAUACGGACCGACAAGUUUCUACAUCACCAAACCCCAGAAGACGAGCCCUCCCACCACCUUGCUAUCCACUAAGGUCCCUUCGACCAGCUAUGUGUACAGUCCAAAGCCUACGAGACGGCCCAUUCUGGAACCGGUUGUAGUCCAAGCUACCUUACUGACGAGCGGAUACGGAACGACAGCUGUGACUCAAAAAGAACCAGCUAUCUCCGUAUCGACCGUUCGUCCACCACCCAACAAACUUAUCGUCACAGCCGGCGGUAACCAACGACCAAUCAUCAUUACAAGCGAAGGAGAGCACGCCGUCUCAUCGGGAUACUACACUGCUGCAUCAACUCCAGCACCUGUUGCAAUCUCUUCUGUUCAACCAACUAAGAAAGUGAGCGCCAACCCUUCGAAACGACCAGCGCAAUCCACCACCAUCAACCUACCUGAAUACAUCGUCCAAUCGUCAACGCUUUCCCAUCAAUCACCAGCUGCUGUGAACAACGUAAACUACGUCCACAUUGCCAGUGCUUCCGAUAAUCCAUCGCCAACCGUUCACAUCACGCCAAAGCCCGUCCCAGGACUUGUUACAUCUAGCACGUGGAACAACAAACUGACCAAUGCUCCUGGUAACAAUCAACGUCCUGGUUACUACGAAAACACCCCUCCGCCAGUCUACGUUUCAUCGCUUGCCGACUUUGCCGAUGAAGGAUACUUCGGAGUUACGAAACGACCUGGAGUUGCUCCAACAGUAUCAUCUACUGCAAUCUACACCAUCGUUGACUCGAAUAACGUUAUUGGUCAUAUCGCUUCUUCCACAUACGCUCCAGCUUAUCCUUCAAUAAACCGAAUUCCUCCGAAUAACCAGCCUACACAUAUCUACAUCGCGCAAGCGGUCGAAUCAUCUACCAUCAAGAACGAGCUCUACACCACUCCCGAUGACGUCAACAACUUCCCUCCAGUUAGGAAUCCCAAUCUCAACCUGACAGACUCUACCAUGAUGAGCAACAUCACCAAAAUCGAGAACUUCUCUGGAAUCAACGAUGACGACAAGGUCAACAUGCUGGUCAACAAAAUCGUGGAGUCCUUCAACGGAAAUUUUGACGAACUAGAAGCCAUCCUGAAAGAGCGAAAGAAUCUGACCUUGGCCGCAUCACCGACGACAGUUUCAACUACCACAACUACCGAGGAAAUCCCAACCACAACUACCGUGAAGGUAAAAACUACAAGCUCGACAACCAAACCAGUGACGAAGAAGAAGAAGAAGCGUCCAAGUGGCAGCAAGAAACCAUCCAACUCCACGUCCAGCUCGUCGACUAGCAUCAAGAAACCAACGACAGCCAAACCAACGGUCAUCGAACAAGAUACAGCCGCAGUGUCGACAUACGAAGCCACUUCCACUACGAAACCAGUGUCCAAGCCAUCGAAGAAACCCACCAAGACCAAGCGCCCGAGUAACUCCACCAAACCAACUUCAUCAUCUUCGAGCAAACCGGUUGCAACCACCGCCCUCGACACCCCUACGAAACCAUCCAAACCUUCCAGUACAAAGCCGAAACCAAGUUCCAGUUCGACAUCGACUCGUCCAAAACCGACAUCCAGCUCGAAGCCCCAAGCCGACGAAAAGCCAUCAUCACCAUCCACCACCAAGAAACCCUCGCGACCUUCGACCUCAAAGAAGCCCGCCAAGAAACCAACCAACCGACCGACCCCAGCCGAAACCGAACCCAUCACCGUGACGACGACCCGCAAGCCGACCAAGGCGACGAAGCGUACCACGAAGCGACCGACGACGACGACGACCACCAGCACCACCACCACUACACCGGCCCCGGAAGACGAACUCAUCGAGGAGGAGGAGAACGCCGUCGAGGAGGAAGAGGAGGACGAGGACGUCGGCGAGGAGACCAACAACGAGACGGUUGAUGACCAAGCGCCAAGAAAAAUACUUUGCGGCCAGCGACCGCUGAUGAAGAGUGCCCGUGUCGUUGGAGGAAAGGCAGCCAAGUUCGGCGAGUGGCCCUGGCAGGUGCUGGUACGGGAAUCGACCUGGCUCGGACUGUUCACCAAGAACAAGUGCGGCGGAGUGUUGAUCACCAACGAAUACGUCGUGACGGCUGCUCACUGUCAACCUGGCUUCCUGGCCUCCCUAGUAGCCGUGUUCGGCGAGUUUGACAUCUCGAGUGACCUGGAAACGAAACGAUCCGUGACCAAGAACGUCAAGCGGGUCAUUGUGCACCGGCAGUACGAUGCGGCCACCUUCGAGAACGAUCUUGCCAUCCUGGAGCUGGAAAGUCCCAUCCACUACGAUGUUCAUAUUGUGCCAAUUUGCAUGCCAUCAGACGAAGCUGACUUUACCGGCCGAAUGGCGACAGUAACCGGAUGGGGACGUUUAACGUACGGUGGCGGAGUGCCCUCGGUGCUGCAGGAAGUGCAGGUCCCGGUGAUAGAGAACAGUGUCUGCCAGGAGAUGUUCCACAUGGCUGGCCACAACAAGAAGAUCCUGCCGUCGUUCGUUUGUGCUGGCUACGCGAACGGCAAGCGAGAUUCCUGCGAGGGUGACAGCGGUGGUCCACUGGUGCUGCAGCGUGCGGACGGUCGCUACGAACUGGUCGGAACGGUAUCCCACGGAAUUCGCUGUGCGGCCCCCUACCUGCCCGGAGUCUACAUGCGGACGACGUUCUACAAACCUUGGCUGCGAAGUGUCACCGGUGUGAAAUAGACUGGACCUACCCAUCAGGACGAUGACAAGGACGCCGACAAGGACGACGACGACGACCACGUCGACGAUGACACGAUGAUGAUGAAGAUGGAAAGCCGCCUUUUCCUCCUCGUUCUACCCCCUCCCCCACAAGUCGUCGCAGUUUAAUUAGUUUGUAAUGCACGUGCGAUGGAUGGAACAUUUUUGGUACGCUUGCGAUGGGUGAUUUUCGGAAUGAGAGUCUGUCGGGAGAGUGAGUGUGAUGUGUGUCUGUUCGAAUGAGUAACCGAGCUGUUGAACCGUUUGUUGAAACUGUUGUAGCGAAAUUUCGUAGGUAGUUACGUUUUAGGGAACAAAUUGCAAUAAUUUAUCUAGCGAUUAGAUGGAUGUGAUUUGGAGUCAUUGUUAAGGAUUAAUUUAUUAUUGUUGUUAGUUUAUUUAAAUUAUUUAUUGAUUAGCUUGUAAGCGUGAACCCGAUCAACAAAAACACAAGGGAAUCAACUGAAAAGUAAAAGGGUGGGAAGCAAUGACACGGUGUAAAAAUGUGAUUAUUUUAAUUUAUUUCGAACGGAGAAAAAAUAAGAAAUUCCUAUUAAAGAAAACAAGUUUCCUUUUCUCUCC